AUGAAAGCGCAGAAAGUAAGACAGAAGUGUCUUAUUGAGAGAGUGAAUGACGGCGGGUGGUGCUGGAGGCGGUUCCCGGCCACUUGUGCACGGCCCGCCCCGCCCUCCCUCGCGCACCCGGAGAGGAGCCGCAGUGCGCCUCGCCGGGGCGCCCCUAGCCUCUCCCGGGCCGCGAGAAGCCCCCGCCGCAGUUGCCCGGCGUCCCCUUCCCGCCCGCGAGGACCUAGCCUCAGGAGGAGCCGAGGCCCGGAGCGGCGGACCGCAGCGGAGGUGGUGGCCCCGGGGCGCCCGGGGUUCCGCACCCUCCCAAGGGGGCGCAGCAGGAGGCACGGAAGAAGGAGGCCCCCCGCGAAGAUGCUGCAGCCCUGGGCUCUGGCGCUCCCACUUCUGCUCUCCUGGGUGGCAGGUGGAGUAGGGAAGGCAACCAGGCACCCGUGGGCAUGUGUAUCUGUGCGCGUUGAGCCGGAAUUCAAAGAGGAUGUCAGGCUGGGUGCGCCUAUGGACUCCCCCGUGCGCCCCUCUGGCGGGCUUCGCAGCACCUCCUUGGCAUCAGCUGUGCCCCACCUGGCUGCGUCCUUAGGAGGAGGGAGACGUGCGCGGACCCACCAGUGCGUUCGGACUCGGUGGGCAGCAGACAUCCACCGUUGGGCCGGCGUGUGUGUCUGUCUGUGGGUGGCUGUGUUCCGUGCUUUGUAUCGAGAUUCCAGUUUGUUCGGUGGCCCCCAGGUGGCCAGUGGGGCAGGGGGCAGCGUUCUUGUCUGGGACAAAGCCAGACUCCCUGGGGGCCGGGGAGUCACUCGAACGGAUCACGAAUUGUUGGCAUCAUCACUCCAGCCUGGUGUCUGUCGCUAUGGAACCAUACUGGCCUGCUGCUAUGGCUGGAGAAGGAGCAGCAAGGGAGUCUGUGAAGCUAUGUGUGAACCUGGAUGCAAGUUCGGUGAGUGUGUGGGACCAAACAAAUGUAGAUGCUUUCCAGGAUACACCGGGAAAACCUGCAGUCAAGAUGUGAAUGAGUGUGGAUUCAAACCCCGGCCGUGCCAACACAGAUGUGUGAAUACACACGGUAGCUACAAGUGCUUUUGCCCCAGCGGCCACAUGCUCCUGCCGGACGCCACAUGUUCCAACUCUAGGACGUGUGCCAUGAUCAACUGCCAGUACAGCUGUAAAGACACGGAAGAGGGGCCGCGCUGUCUGUGUCCCUCCCCAGGCCUCCGCUUGGCCCCCAAUGGAAGAGCUUGUCUAGACAUCGAUGAAUGUGUCUCUGAUAAAGCCUUCUGCCCCUACAAUCGAAGAUGUGUGAACACAUUUGGAAGCUACUAUUGCAAAUGUCAUGUUGGUUUUGAACUGAAAUAUAUCAAUGGCUGGUACGACUGUGUAGAUAUAAACGAAUGCGCUGCGAAUACACACACAUGCAGCCUCCAUGCCAACUGCCUCAAUACCCAGGGAUCCUUCAAAUGCAAGUGCAACCAGGGGUAUAAAGGCAGCGGACUGCAGUGUGCCCUUAUCCCCGAAAAUUCUGUGAAAGAAUUCCUCAGAGCACCCGGUACCAUCAAGGACAGAAUUAAGAAGUUGCUUGCUCACAAGAAUAGCAUGAGAAAGAAGGUAAAAAUGAAAAACAUUGAAGGAUCCAGAGGGACUCCCACCCCAAAGGUUGACUUGGAGCCCUUCAGUUCUGAAGACAAUGUUUCCAGAGAUGGGAACCCUCAUGGAGAAAAAAAGAGGAAUGAACACAGAAAGAAAGAAAAACUGGAGGAUGAGAAAAGAGAUGAGAACCAUGUGGAGCAGGAGCAAAGCCUUCGUGGAGAUGUGUUUUCCCCUAAGGUGAAUGAAGCGGGUGAAGUUGAUCUGGUUCUGGUCCAAAGAAAAACUACAUCAUCCCACCUGAAACACAAAGAUUUAAAUAUCUCAGUUGACUGCACCUUUGACCAUGGCGUCUGUGACUGGAAACAGGACGUAGAAGAUGAUUUCGACUGGAAUCCUGCGGACCGAGAUAAUGCUGUUGGCUACUAUAUGGCUGUUUCGGCCCUGACAGGUCAGAAGAAGGACAUCGGCCGUUUGAAACUUCUCCUCCCCAACCUGCAACCCCACAGCAACUUCUGUUUGCUCUUUCAUUACCGGCUGGCUGGAAACAAAGUAGGGAAGCUUAGAGUGUUUGCAAAAAAUAGUAACAGUGCCCUGGCCUGGGAGAAAACCAGGAGCACCAAUGAACAGUGGAAGAUGGGGAAAAUUCAGCUGUAUCAUGGAACUGAUACUCCCAAAAGCAUCAUUUUUGAAGCUGAACGUGGCAAGGGCAAGACUGGAGAAAUUGCAGUGGACGGUGUCUUGCUGGUUUCAGGCUUAUGUCCAGAUGGCCUUUUAUCUGUGGAUGGUUGAAUGUUACUGUUAUCUUUUAUAUCUUUAUAUUUGACUUUUUAUGUCAAUUCUCUGUUUUUUUAUCAUAGAUUCCCCCCCCCCAUUUUAGAAAUACAGACUGAAAAAUUGUGGUGUACAAACAGACUCAUUAUUGUAAGAUGCCUUUCUUGUAUACAAUAUACUGAUAUUUGCUUUAAAUAUA